AUGACAAUAACGAUGACAACAACAACAACAACAAUAAUAAUAAUAUCGACAGCAAUAACAAUGACAGCAACAGCAACAACAACAACGAUAAUAAUUACAAUAAUAACAACAUUAAUAACACAUAAAAACAAUAACAACGGCAAUAAUUACGGCAAUAAUAAUAAUAAUAACAACAACAACAACAAUAACAAUAACAACAGCAAUAACAACAACAACAACAACAACAACAACAACAACGAUGAUAAUCACAACAAUAAUGACAAUAAAAAUAAUAACAAUAACUAUCAAUAA